GUUUUUCCACAUCCAGAAUUGGCGGAGUGUUGGCUGCAUUUACACCGCAUCGACCAUGGCAUCACGAGCACAGCGAACGCUUAAAUCGCGACGCGAAUCGUCGCUGUUGAUCGGUGGCUUUGUCCUCUUGGGUGGGCUGGCGAUGUACUCCCUUCCCUAUUUCAUUGUCAAAGGAAAGCAAGGGCAAAACACAUUGGCGAAGGAAGGCCCGCUCUCGAAGACCGAGGUGCGCCGAGGAGCGUUCCUGAACUCUGGCUCAAAGGACAUUGGCCCUGACCCCGACUGGAGCUUCGUCACCAACUCUUAUCAAGGACGCCGCAGUGCCUACCCUGAGCGACCAAAGCAAAGCGAGGCAUAACUGCUUGUGUGGCGCAGACACCGUGAUCUGCCACGUCGUAGAUAGCUCUCUUAUACUUGAAUCUGAUCUUGAUUUCUCCUUGUUCUCACGUAUUGGACGCGCAGGUUGUCGAACAAGC